AUGAGGAUUUUCGUAGCGACAGUAGCAGUUGUGUUGAUGGCAGGAAGCUGCCUGGCAAGUCAAGAUUUCCUCUCCAAGUCUCUCAACGAGUGCAUCGCCGCGGACUCUUGGAUGUCUUGCUUGAAGCAAGAGGUGCUUGGAUAUUUAGAUGGAAAACUCGGGACUAGCACGGAAGCUAGGUCGUUGGAUACAGUGGACGAAGCUAUCGUUGCGAGGACUUUCAAGUACCUGAAGAGCUUUGACUAUGGAAUCGAUUUACCCUUCGUGGAUGCUAGUCUCAAGUACAGACCCAGCAGAAGUUUGGCUGAUUUGGAUAUCGAAUUCAAAGGAAACGAAGUUGCGACCAGUCAAGCUAGGGGAAUGUUAAAGAAGAAGCUGCUGUUGCCAUUCCUGUUGUUGUUGAAACUAAAAUUGAAGGCUUUGAUGCCUAUCUUCGUUGCUAUCAUUGGUUUGAAAGCAUUGAAGGCUCUAGUGCUCUCGAAACUCGCGAUCCUCUUAGUCGUUGGAUUCAUCGCUGUGCAGUUCUUUAAGAAGGGUGGAAUGAUGAUGCCAAUGGGAAUGUCGAUGGAACCAGCUGCGUCACCGGCGUACGGAGCUCCACCUAUGCCCUCGACCACGUCGAGCUACGAUCCAGCGAACACAUGGGACGGAAAUGGACCGUAUUCCCGCGUCUGGACGCCGACCAACGGUGUGGAAGCCCAGAAUCUCGCAUACUCCUAUUACUCGCCAGGCAGCGGAUCGAAUUCGUAUUCUUCUUCCUCGUCCUCCUCGGCCUCCUCGUCGUCGAUCAAUUCCGGUAGCUCAUCAGGAAACUAUUAG